GGAUCAGGUAAUUAAUAUUUCCUUGACGAUUUCAGGAUAGACAUCAGGAUGAAAGUAGCAAUUUUUCUAACCUUCUUCUUAAUUGGCGUGGCUUACUCCGUCCCCACAUGGCAGGAAGAACACGACCUGCACGACGAAGAAAUCUGGGAACCCGCCGACCCCCAGCCUCUCGUCGAACAUCAUGCCAGAUUUAAAAGAGCGACCUGCGAUUUGUUCAGCUUCCACUCCAAAUGGUUGACACCUAACCACGCAGCAUGUGCAGCUCACUGCAUAGUUUUGGGAAACAGAGGAGGGUAUUGUAAAGGCACAAUCUGCCAUUGCCGCAAAUAAUUAAUAAUUUUAAAUAUCCAUUACGUUUUCCUAAUAAACCUUUCAUAAAUUUGACGAACUUUAA